ACGCAAUAUGGUAGCUCCUUGGAUGGUUUGACUGUCCCAAGCAAAGGCUACUCAGCUCAUUUUGGGGCAGGCCAUGGACAUAUUCCUUCGAACACAUGAAAAAGUUGAUCCUAUGGAUCCUAUGGGUGGUCAUCGACAUAGCAAAGCCUGCCAGCGGCGAUCUUGCACAUGGACCAGCCGUGACAGCAGUAUGCCUUGGGGGGGUCAUGAAACGAGGUGAUACUGUGGUUGACAAUGCGGAUUCUGCCGAAGGCAAAUUUCAAGGGCACUAUAAGUUUGAAUUGCUGGACAGAUUUGUGUUUGAAGUCUUGAAUGCAGACGCGUUUUUCCACGUAACUGCACCACACAACUAUGUGGCCUCAGAUCGUCUCAAAAAGUAUAUAGCAACUUCAGAUCGAGUGCGCGCUUUUCAGUUGGAUAAUCGGUCGCACCCUCUUGCAUUUGCUGAACGCUUACGUCGUGGACACAGAAACAAGACGUUCCUGCCAUAUCUAGUACAAGGUCGUUCACCUGGGUCUCCCUUCAAGAAUCAAUACUUGAACGAACAGUGGGCAGAAUGCGUGCAUGCUGUUCGGGCUGCCGAACAGACGAGAGGUUUUGAGUACACCUACGUAGCCUUUGCGCGUAUUGAUCUUGCAUGGCAAGCUUACCACCCCAGCUUACAGAUGCUAGAAGCCACAAAAUGUGAGAAUUCCACGACUGUUUGGGCUGUGGCUGAAGAUGAUUAUGGUGGGGUCAUGGACAAAUACUUCAUCAUGGAAAGACCUGGUGCUGCCAUAAUUGAAAGUUUUGCUGACGUCUUAAACUCUUUCGAUAAGUUGGAAGCCGUUUAUCGCAUUGUGAGAGCGCAGACUUCUGUAUCUGCUUCUUUGCCCUGGAACUACGAACGUUUCUUGCUACACACUCUACGAGCUGCCGGGCGGUGCAUCCGCUACAUGGUGCCAGUUGUCGGUCACAGGCGGCUUUCAGUGGCUUUUGGAGACAUUUUGCACGAGGGCGGCACAUGGGAGGUUACACCUGCCGAUCCCUACCUGAAGAUGGGCUGGUGUGGAUAUCUUCCCAAAUAUUGUUGUGGCGGAAGGAGGGUGGAUUUUGGUGGUGAUCUCUCAUGUCUGUACAAUUUGUGGAGGUCUCACGGACGUUGUAGGCGCCACCGAGCUUUGGUGCAAGUGCCACGCUCCCCAGGAGAGCCAGCCUUGCCCCCAGGGUACGGCCUGAAGCCGAAAGAAACAGCUGAGUUUAAGCUGAGUCGUUCUGAAAGGUGCGUUCUUCGCACAUUCCAGCUACGAGCGUGUUGCCAGCAACCACACGUCCACCUCACCCUUCGACCCUCCAAACAAACAAUCCAAAAAUGGUCUAUGUCUCCAGAUGAUGUGGAUCCAGAGAUAGCUUCAACGCAUGAAUCGAGGUGGCAUUGUUUAUUUGAGGAUCCCAAUUGGAUUGCCGACAACAGAAAGAAACCAUGGAAUCUCAUUGGCGCAGCGCACUGCUAUGACUUGCAUUUGCUUUGACUUUGUCCCACAACAUGCCAGCCUUCUGAAAGUUGGACAUGAAAGCAGUGUCACGAAACGAUUCGAGAGGCAAGAGAUGCUCACCGACUAUUGAACGCACAGUAAAGAAGCAUCGACAUGAAUUCAGCUUCUGCAACUUGGGUCUGGGUCUCCUUUACUGUAGCGUUUCCGAGACUGGGAGCUGCACAUAGGUUCAGAAUGGUUCAGACAUGAUCGAGGUUAUUCCUUGAGACCCGGCAGUCAAAGGCACUGGUCUCCGAGCAUUUCUUCUAUUGGCCUCGGGCUAUUCGAUCUGUAAAGCAGACCGACAAGAUUGGCUGCUGC